UUGGUGAAUCUUUUGGCCAAGGUAAGUCUGAGAUAAGAUUUUUUUGUGGCCAUGGAUGGAGGAUGGAGGAUGGAGAUUUCGACCAGACAAGCCUGAUAGCCAGAAAUUAAGAAGCCUACCUAUAUUAAGUAGAAGAAGCUGCUUGGAGAGAGGAUUCCAACUUCCUAUUAAAUUAAUCAAUUAAGCAUAUCCGAAAUAUUCCAAUUGACUUGCUUGACGCCAUUGCUAUCUCCAUCUAAUUAUAUUUUAUACAAUUUCUUCAAAUCUCUCAUUUGCUCAACCCCAUUUUUAUUUGCUAUAAAGCUCAUCGCGCAUGUUUCCUCCCAUCACACAACAGCAACAACAUGGAGAAAUUAUUGCCAUUUGGGCUCUCUCUUCUCCUAGCCACCUCCUUCUUCCCUCAGUUUCCCUUCCUUUCUCAUGCCAGCUCAAAAAAUGUCUACUCUCGACCUUCUGCUCGCAGAGUCAUCUUCACCCAUCACAACGGUUCUAAAUCAGAACCUCAACAGGUGCAUAUUUCGCUGGCGGGUAGAGAUCAUAUGAGAGUAACAUGGAUUACAGAGGAUAAACAUGUAGAUUCAAGAGUAGAAUAUGGAAAGCAACCGGGGAAAUACAAUGCAGUGGCGACAGGAGAGCACACUUCGUAUCAUUAUUUCUUCUAUAGCUCAGGGAAGAUACACCAUGUAAAGAUUGGACCAUUGGAGGCAGCCACAACUUAUUACUACAGAUGUGGAGGAUAUGGCCCUGAAUUCUCCUUCAGAACCCCUCCUUCUGCUUUCCCCAUUGAAUUUGCUGUGGUCGGUGAUCUAGGGCAAACAGAAUGGACUAAAUCAACACUAGAACACGUAGGCAGUCGAGAUUACGACGUAUUUUUGCUACCAGGGGAUUUAUCUUACGCAGAUAGCCAGCAACCUCUCUGGGACUCAUUCGGCCGCCUGGUUGAGCCAUAUGCCAGCCAACGGCCAUGGAUGGUGACAGAAGGGAACCACGAGAUUGAGAUAUUUCCGAUCAUAUACCAAGAAGGGUUCAAGGCAUACAAUGCACGGUGGCUAAUGCCAUAUGAGGAGAGCGGCUCCACCUCCAACUUGUAUUACUCUUUCGAAGUUGCUGGUGCUCAUGUGAUAAUGCUAGGGUCUUAUACAGAUUUUGAGUCUGAUUCAGAUCAGUACAAGUGGCUCGUGGGUGAUUUAGGUAGAAUUGAUAGAAAGAAGACUCCAUGGGUGAUUGUGUUGUUGCAUGCUCCUUGGUAUAAUACUAAUACUGCUCAUCAAGGAGAAGGAGAAAGCAUGAGGAAAGCUAUGGAAGAUCUUUUGUAUGAAGCUAGAGUUGAUGUGGUGUUUGCUGGCCAUGUUCAUGCUUAUGAAAGAUUCACUAGAAUUUAUAACAACAAAGCUGAUCCAUGUGGCCCGGUGUACAUAACCAUAGGUGAUGGAGGGAAUCGCGAGGGUCUUGCAUUAACGUUUAAGAAUCCUCCAUCUUCUCUGUCGUUAUAUCGGGAGCCAAGCUUCGGGCAUGGAAGAUUGAGGAUAUUGGAUGAAAAGCGUGCACACUGGUCAUGGCAGCGCAACAAUGAUUCUGACUCGGUUGAAGCCGAUGAGGUCUGGUUGGAUAGUUUAGGCACUUCUAAUGCAUGCCGGGGAAUUGUAGAGGGACAAGAACCAUCCUCGUCUGCCAAUGAUGAACUCUAAUUAAGCUGAUUUUAUUAAAUUAUAACUUUUCUGGUUCUAAUAAUUCUGUAAUCUUAAUGCUAAACGCUGUAUGUUGAAGAGAAUAAUGGUCCAGUACAA